CGACUUUUACCCAUCCGCAUCCAACAUCAACUGGGGGACGACGUUUUAAAAACCUGUCAGAUUCCUCACAUAAAUGUUCCUAUGGAUUACUAAUACGCUUUCGUCGAAAAACAGAAGUGUUUCUCAACUUGACAGCAUAGCCUCAGAUUCGGUACACUGGUCACCUAGAGGACUUAUCGAGAGAUGAAGACUCUAGAGGAGCCCCCCUACUUGACGGUGGGGACGGAUGUGAGUGCCAAGUACCGAGGGGCGUUCUGUGAGGCUAAGAUUAAGACCGCCAAGAGGCUAGUCAAGGCCAAGGUGACCUUUAAACCAGAUCUGUCCACAGCAGAGGUUCAUGAUGAAAACAUCAAAGGACCUCUAAAGGUGGGUGCUGUUGUAGAGGUGAAGAAUCAGGAUGGAGUUUACCAGGAGGCCACAAUCAAUAAGCUGACCGAUGCUAGUAUAUAUACUGUUGUGUUCGACGACGGUGAUGAGAAGACCUUAAGGCGCUCCUCUCUCUGCCUGAAAGGAGCGCGUCACUUUGCAGAGAGCGAGACACUAGACAGACUCCCUCUCACCAACCCCGAGCACUUUGGCACACCUGUCAUCGGCAAGAAGGGCAACCGCGGCCGACGAUCGAACCCAAUCCAAGAGGAAGAGCUGUCUUCAUCCUCCAGUGAGGAAGAAGAGAGCGAUCAGCGGCAGAAUGAGGAUCUGUUUGGCAAAGUGGUCUGCGUGGAGGGGGUCGCCACCGGGGACAAAAAGAAGACCACGUGGUAUCCUGCACUGGUUAUCUCCCCGGACUGCCAUGAAGACGUGACAAUGAAGAAGGAGACCAUCUUCGUCCGCUCUUUCAAGGAUGGAAAAUUUUACACAGUGUUACGGAAGGACGUCCGCGAGAUGAACAGCGAUUGUCCUCCGAAAGCCGACGCAGGGCUCAAACCAGCGUUGGACGCAGCUUUGGAGUUCCAGCAGCAGCUGGUCGUGCCCGGCACUUGGAAAACAGAAGUGAAAGAGGAAAGCUCCAGUAGCGAAGAGGACGACGACGACGAAGAGGAGGAGCAGGAAGAAGAUGCGAGCCGCGAAGAGGAGGAGGAGGAAGUGGAACCGUUCCCAGAGGAGAGGGAGAAUUUUCUACAGCAGCUGUACAAGUUCAUGGAGGACAGAGGUACUCCCAUCAACAAGCGGCCUGUUCUGGGCUACAGGAACCUCAACCUGUUCAAGCUCUACAGGCUGGUGCACAAACUGGGAGGCUUUGACAACAUUGAAAGCGGCGCCAUCUGGAAGCAAGUCUAUCAGGAUCUGGGGAUCCCCGUACUCAAUUCAGCCGCUGGCUACAAUGUCAAAUGUGCUUACCGCAAGUACUUGUAUGGAUUUGAGGAAUACUGCACCUCCACCGCCAUCACUUUCAGGAUGGACCUCCCUUUGAAGCAGGGUCCCAAGGGGGAGGUGAAGUCUGAGGGCGAGGCAGGAGCCACAGCUCCCAUAUUGUCCAGCUCAGAAGAACCAAAAGCGCAGGCAGAAGGAGAACCUAGCAGUGCGCCGUCCGUCGUCUGCAAGGAGGAGAAACCCGAUUUGACGCGAAACAAAACGGAGCCCGAAUCAUCAAAAGUCGAGGCAAAAGACAGCGCAAACGACGAGGACGAAGACGACGAAGAAGAAGAGGAAGAGGACGGCCCCCACAAGGGAGACACGGACGAGGGCUCUUCGACGUCUCGCGUCGGAGCCGAAAACGUGAAGCAGGAAUGUGACGAAGAGCAGGAGAGCAAGGACAACUCUGGGGAUGACAGCAGUCAGGAGGGGGAGGAAGGGGAGGAGUUUGAGUGUUACCCCCCGGGGAUGAAGGUGCAGGUGAGGUAUGGGCGAGGCCGCAAUCUGAAGACGUACGAGGCCACUGUGAAAGAGGCAGACGUGGAGGGGGGAGAGGUGCUCUACCUGGUGCACUACUGUGGCUGGAACGUCAGAUAUGAUGAAUGGAUCAAAGCAGACAAGAUUGUUCGCCCCGCCAAUAAGAAUGUACCAAAAAUAAAGCACCGCAAAAAAAUAAAGAACAAAGCCGAGAGGGAGCGAGACAGGCUGGAGAGGCUCAAUGACAGAGAAGUCCUCGGCCCUUCGCCCAACACUAACCGCAUCCCACGCACCAAGUGUGGCCUGAGUCAGGAUGUCUUUUCCAAGAUGGACGAGGGUGAGGACAAAGGGACUCAGCAGCAGUCUCCAGUCAAGUCUAUAGAAAUUACCUCUAUCCUCAAUGGCCUGCAAGCCUCUGAGCUAUCCACAGACGAAAGCGAGCAUGAAGAUGAGGGGGAGCAUAAUGAAGAGGACCGUCCUGGUUGCAGAGACAGGAAGGGCCCGCCAGAACCACCGCAAACAUCGGAGCGCUGGGAGAGCGGGACCCCUCCUGAAGCAUCCAAACCUUCUCCAGUCUCAGGGAAGAACCAGGAUUUAGUCAGCGCAGAGAGCACAGACGUGGGGAAGCGCAGAAACCAGACAGAGUUAGAGGGAGAAGCGAGCACCAGGAAGAGGAAGUCUGACAGUGCAGCAGAGAGGAUACCUAAAGGCCAAUCCAAAGCUAAGACCAGGAACACGAGGAGUGCAGACUGGUUGCCUGGGAGCUCUCCCAGGAAGUUGGAGGAGAGGGGUGCUGGUCCUGUGGAGGAGAGGGGGGCCUCGUCUAGCAGCAGUUCAGAUGAUGAGGGGGCAGCACUUGCCGAAUCCCUGCCAGAGGAGAGUGAACGAAGCCGCCCCAAAACCAAAGGUUCCCCUUCUAAGAAGUACAACGGGAUGAAGGAGAAGAACAAAAGCAGCAGACAAGCUGCAUUUUGGGAAAUCCCUGAAAAGAGACCCAAGACAUCUGGGAAUGCAGAGGAAAGGCCUGCUGUCCGCUCUAAAGGCCAGAAGGAUGUGUGGUCCAGUAUCCAGGCACAGUGGCCCAAGAAGACUCUCAAAGAGUUAUUCUCUGACUCAGACACAGAAGCUGCCAAUUCUCCUCCUCCACCUGUGCCCUCCUGCCUGGAGGAGCAGAGUGUGGAACAGGAUGCUGGACCUGAGGACGAAGCCUCAGAGGAGCAGAUGGAAAACGACAAACAGGAGUUUCCCAGCAGUGGCAGUAACUCUGUACUCAAUACACCGCCUACUACACCAGAGUCCCCCUUAGGUGGAGGCAGUACAGCAGAAGACUCUGGCCAGCCUCAGCCUUCCUCCCCGCCACCGUCCAUACCCCCUGCCUUGCCUUCAGAGCCAGUUUCUGCCGCCCUUCCACCAGGACCCAUACAGGAGGAAGUGACAGGUGGGCGCAGUGAGACAGACAGCAGCACGGUGGAGGUGGAGAGUCUGGGUGGGGAGCUGCAGGACCUUCCUCAGGAUGAAGGGGAGGGUUCCCCCUCAAAGGUGUUCGACGCCACUCUCUCCUGCAACAGCAGCAGCAACUGCAGCCUAGAGCUGAGCAGCAGCAGCCAGCAGGAAAGUGAGCAGAAGUCCAAAGCAUCUGUGAGUCAGAAGCGGCAGAAGGAAUCACAGACAGGUGGAGCCUCAAAGAAACACAAGCCAAACCGCAAGAGCCUAGGUGUGCCUCCCAAAAAGAAUAGGAAAACAGCCAACAGCAGUGACAGUGAGGACCAGUCUGUUGUUGAGGGCACUGCCAAAUCAACCGCCUCUAAGAACAACGCAUCUGACGUGAAAGCUGCCAGCUCGCCCAAGUGUCGCGGACGAUCUCCCCCUUCGAGCCAUAAAUACCACAAGCAGGGUGACGGCGACCAUGCCCAGCACCGAGAAAGCCACGGUAGAUCACCACGUGUCUAUAAGUGGAGCUUCCAGAUGUCUGACCUGGAGAAGAUGAGCAGUCUGGAGAGGAUCUCGUUUCUUCAGGAGAAGCUGCAGGACAUCAGGAACCACUACCUCUCCCUCAAGUCUGAGGUGGCCUCUAUUGACAGACGACGGAAACGCAUGAAGAAGAAAGAACGAGAAAGCACAGUGGCUGCUUCCUCCUCCUCCUCGUCCUCCUCCUCACCGUCCUCAAGCUCACUGACAGCAGCAGUCAUGCUGACACUGGCUGACCCGCCUGUGUCAUCCUCAUCCUCCUCUUCACAGAACUCUGGGGUAUCAGUGGAGUGCAGGUGACAGGACAUACCAGCGAGGAAGCACCGCACUAAGCACUUAACCAGCACCCUGGGGUCGCCGGCCCCAUUCCCUUUCAACAGGACGGACAAGUCAACCUUCAUACUGUAACUACUGGGGCACAAAAACCAGACCAGAGACAAAAAUACAACAAGAAACAAGCACUAUUUUCUAUUGACAACUGUUUCCUUGGCAAGCUAAUGGCACUUAAGUGCACUUUUAUGAAGAUUGUGUACGGGGGUGAAAUUUGUCCAAAAAAAAGGAAAAAAAUACAAAAUUGUCUUAUGCGCUCUCCUUAAUUGAACAUUUAUAAGAAUUGUUUUUGCAAGCAAUAAUUGUUUCCAUUUGAUAAAAUUGUAUCGGAAAGGGAUGAUUUCCAGCGAAGACCCCUCUCUGCUCUGUCCUCGUAGCUCAACAUGGUGCAGCCUGUGCUGGCCAUUUUAUUAUGGGGAACUCAGAGGAACACUGCCACAUUGGCAUUAAGGGCGUACUAAAUGUAUAACUCUGCCACGUUCUCUGUCCACUAUCAUUAAAAAGGCCUUUGUGUGGCUCAACCAUAUGUGGUUGCCAAGGCUCCCUGCACAUAUUUGCAUUGAGUCAUGUACAGACGGGUGACAAAUUAAAGCAAAAAAAAACCUGAAUAAAUGAGUGGAGAAACCUAACGAAUGCAGAUGCUCCCACACAGGUGCACUGGAUGGUACAAUUAAGCAA